ACUACACCAAAUAUAAAACACCUGUGUUAUGCUCGAAUUUACUCUGCUUCUCCUCUCCAUCUUUUUCUCUCCACACUCUUCAUUAAAAAUCAAGAUUUCAACAACCCAUUUUCAAUAAUAACGAGUACUAUAACAAAAUGGGGCUUUCGAGUUUUCCAAGUCCAGCUGAAGGAAUGCUACCUGUAUUGGUAAUGAACACAGUUUUAUCAGCUGCGUUAAUCAAGAACUUAUUGAAAUCAAUAUUUCAAAUGAUGGGUGCUACUUGGGAUCAACCCAAUUCAUUAGAAGAAGAAGAAUCAGUUAGCGGGUCAAGAGAAAGAAGAGUGUCAAUUACAAGGUAUGAGUCUUUGUGUAAGAAUAGAUGUAACCAGGUGGAGUGUUGUGUGUGUUUAAAUAGGUUUAAAGGGGAGGAGAAAGUGAGUGAGUUGUCUUGUAAGCAUUUUUUUCAUACGAGGUGUUUGGACAGGUGGUUUGAUAAUCAACAUACUACUUGUCCUCUCUGUCGCUCCAUUUUUUGAGUUGGAAUUAUGGGGACAUGAAUUGUGUCUGAUUUGACACACCAAUUUUAAAUUAGUUGGUUGAUUCCCUGAUGUAUUCAAAAGAUGAAUGAUGAUUCUUCCUCUUUCUCUUUUAUUCCUCAAAUUUUUUCAAAGGAUAUCUUUUAUCUUGCUUCACCAUGUCACUGAGGGAAGUAUGCUAGUUCUUUUUUUUUCCCCACUGUCAUGUUUACUUGGCCUGUUUGUAGAAUGUGACUGUAUAUUUACUAGUGAAAUUUGGAAAAAAAAAACAGAAAAAAAAAAAGCAACAGAAAGUUGCUGCUAAUGUAUUUCCAUUUUGUUUGGCUCUUUUGAGCUAAUUUAACUAUGUAGCUUUACAACUUCUAAU